GGAAUUGUGAAAGUUGAACGUUUAAUCUAAUUUCAUAGGAGUGAAAUGCAAUAAACUUUUCUAAACCCAAUUUUCAACAAUUUUCACCGAUGAAAGCAUAAAUUUUAUAUUACAUUCGAGUUUAUUCUUCUCAAAUCUUCCAUUCUCCUUCUCAAACACUGAAACCCUAACCUUCUCUGAAAUGAGGUCUUCCCAAAUAUUCCCUUAAUCGAAAUCCCAAAUCUUCCCUUGAUUCUCAACGGCAAUGCAACAGGGUACGAACAAGUCAACGAAACAAGCGAAAAUCUCGAGGGUGCUUCCCCGCCAUCACUCAUGUUCAGCAGCGAUGAUGACGAUGAAGAAGCCAAUCAAGAUUUGAAUCUCAAAAUCGUGGAAAAGGCCCUACGAAACUGAGAGGCAAAGCUUGCACUAAACGACGUAGUUUUGAACGGUAUCGAUUCUUCUCUGGUUUCACCGUCGCACCAAUCUGAAUUCAAGGUGAUGCAACGCGACGUUUUGGAUAUAGCUGUUUGGGAAGUGAUGGAAGAGAAGAAAACGACGAAGUUGAUGAUGGACUCUGGGGAUUCAAGUGUAAUUAUUAGAAGAUAUUCUAAUUAAGAAAGGUGCAAACUACGUUGAUGAUCGAAUUGUUAAAGCGCUUAUUGCCCGUGAUACAGGAAAUAUCCGCAUCAAAGAUAGAAAAGGUCAAACUGCACUGCAUAUGGAUGUCAAAGGACCGAGUACAUCAAUGGUGGAAAAGAUAUUACAAGCUGAUCCAACUAUAUUGAAUAACUGCAAUAAGAAGGGUAAUACAACUCUUCACAUGGCUACGAGGAAAGAUAGUGAGCCUUUUGUUAAGCUAUUCAUCUGUGGAUUUUAAUGCUAUCAAUAAGCAAAUAAGAAACAGCAACCGAGGUUGUACAAGACGAGUAAACCGAUAUGCAAAAGUUAUGAUUUCAGCGAGUAAAAGACAGAGAUGGUGACUCACUCUCGCAUAUAAUCAAUCAUGGGAAACGAUUAUUCUGAAAUUGACGAGUGGAACCAGAAGAAGAUACACCAGAAUAAUGUGAAUCAUAUAGAAGUAAAAGAUAAGUCAAACAAUCUCUUUUUAAAUCCAUGUGAUUCAUGUGUGCAUAUAUUUUGAAUUGAUGUGUAUCUAUUUAUUAACUCAUGUAUUGUAUGGCUCUAUUUUUCCUUCGUUUUCAAUUUCUACUACAAAACUAUAAUCAGAUAGAGUUUCAAACAAGCCUUUGAAUCUCUUCCCUCUCUCUCAUCUCCACCAGGUGUGAUUGUGCUUGGAAAAUGGCUUCUGGAACUGUGCCUGCUUCGUUUUCUAGCUUCAGGAUGUCUGAAUCCGGUUUGGGGUUUGUGAAAAGUAUUGAUUUUGUGAGAGUUUCUGAUUUUGUUGAUGAUAUUUUGAAUGUAGUUCCUAGGCAAAAGUACUAUGAAUCGUUGCACAAAACUGUGAGGAGGAAAACAAGGACAGUGACGGUUGGUGACGUGACGAUUGGUAGUGAGCAUCCGAUAAGAGUUCAGACCAUGACUACGACUGAUACUAAGGAUGUUGCUGGAACUGUUGAACAGGUGAUGAGAAUAGCUGAUAAAGGAGCUGAUAUCGUUCGGAUAACAGUUCAAGGGAGAAAAGAAGCCGAUGCAUGUUUUGAGAUUAAAAACUCGCUCGUGCAGAAAAACUACAACAUACAGUUGGUGGCUGAUAUUCAUUUUGCUCCUACUAUUGCUUUGCGAGUAGCUGAAUGCUUUGAUAAGAUUCGUGUCAACCCUGGAAAUUUCGCCGACAGGCGAGCUCAGUUUGAAAUAUUGGAGUACUCAGAAGACGACUAUCAGAAAGAACUUGAGCAUAUCGAACAGGUUUUCACGCCAUUAGUUGAAAAAUGUAAGAAAUAUGGGAGAGCGAUGCGCAUUGGAACAAACCAUGGCAGUCUUUCUGAUCGUAUAAUGAGCUACUAUGGAGAUUCUCCUAGGGGAAUGGUGGAAUCUGCUUUUGAAUUUGCAAGGAUAUGCCGAAAGCUGGACUAUCACAAUUUUGUGUUUUCUAUGAAAGCAAGCAACCCAGUUAUCAUGGUUCAGGCGUAUCGGUUACUUGUAGCUGAAAUGUAUGUCCAAGGCUGGGAUUAUCCAUUACACUUGGGAGUUACAGAAGCUGGAGAAGGUGAGGAUGGUAGGAUGAAAUCUGCAAUUGGCAUCGGAACUCUACUACAGGCACCUUUUGAAGAAAAACAUAGACAUUAUUUUGACUUCCAGCGCCGUACUGGUCAAUUGCCAGUGCAAAAAGAGGGUGAGGAAGUGGAUUAUAGAGGUACGCUCCACCGGGACGGAUCUGUUCUCAUGUCAGUCUCCUUGGAUCAGUUAAAGGGUAAAGGUGGUGAGUUCACCAGUGGCUUGUCAAAUGAAGGGUUUGAAAGUUCUUUUCUAUUAGAUUUCUACAUGUCUGUUAUCUGAAGUGAUGCUUGUAUAAUUUGAUUAAAUUAAACUAGUCUGGUAGUUUUUCAUGUGUCAUGUAACUUUUGUUGUCAAAUGACACAAUUUGAGAUGCUGUAUUUUCAUGUUUGAUUUUAAGUAUGAUUACGAUAUAUUAUUUCUAGUGUAUUAAGAA